CCGCAACUUGGUAGCAUUUUUAGAUAAGAGUGAAGUGGACUUCUCAGCCGGAGUCGAAGAAGUUAAUGAGGAAUUACGGAACAACAUGAUAGAAAUUGUCAAGGAGUCAACAGCUUUGAAACGACAGGGUGCUCAAAAUAUGAAAACCAGGCAACUUUCUGAUGCGAUAUUCGAAGAAGUCGGGAGCAAGAUGCUAAGCCAGCUCUCAGAUGGGUUGUGGGGGAUAAUAAGAUCAGAGGACGGGAUGAAGAAUGAAAUCAGAGAAACCGUGCAAUCCGUCUACGCCACAUUAUCUAACCCGGGAGGCAAGAAAUGUGGAACAUCUGCUAGAAAAGUGGAGCAUAAGAUUCCAACACUAUUCCCAAAAACAAGAGCUGAUUCCAACACUAGUCCAGCGAGUAAACAGAAGCAAGAGCUGGUUCAAAGAGUUGUAGAAGAUAACAAAGGAGAAGCAUGUAGUGAUGAUAAUGAAGAAGAUCCUGAACUCCCUCCUGGUUUUGGCUAAAAAUGUUUUUGAUGUAUCAAUAUAACUCCCUGAAACAUUUAAUUGCGUUAAGGUAAUAGCACUAACUGUUUGUAAUAACAACAAUUACUCUAA